CUUUGACUUGGCACUCAAUAACCUUCUAAGCUCAAUAGAGAACCUGAAGGAGCUAAUGAGCUCGAGCCGCGGCCGGUAGCUGUCGGCUGUCACGUGAGGGGGCGGUGCGGUCUCGAGCAGGACGUCAGUCGGUGGGAGCGAGCGAGAAGGCGAACUGCGGCUGGGGGGAACCGAGUGGCUGUGACAGUUCGCGACACCGACUGCCGUUUAUCUUGACUCCAGUGAAGGACCAGGCGAGCGGCGCGGCCUCCGGUACAAGUCUAAAAUAUGUCGAGGCCUACAAGUGUGUCCCCACGGCCUGGGAGUGCCCAGUCAAGCCAAGCUACCUCUAAAGCCAAAGGAUUUAAGGAUAUCCGGAUUGAUGAAGAAGUGAAAAUUGCAGUUAACAUCGCCCUCGAGAGGUUCCGAUACGGUGAUCAAAAAGAAAUGGAAUUUCCAUCUUCCUUGACUAGUACAGAAAGGGCAUUCAUUCACCGUCUUGCCCAGUCCCUUGGCCUGAUUUCUAAAAGCAAAGGAAAAGGGGCACACAGAUUUCUUACAAUAAAGAAAAAAGAUGGCUCUGAGAUGGCUCAGGCUGUCAUGACCUGUACACUAACUCACAGUAUGAAGCAUGCCAUACGCAAUCUAAUUCAGAGGUUUCCUGUGACUAAUAAAGAGCGCACAGACCUUUUGCCCAAAACUGAACGUGGGAAUGCAUUAACUGUUGAAGCAGAAAACAACCGAGAGAUGAAUAAGACCAGUGGUAGACUCAACAAUGGCAUUCCUCAAGUUCCACCAAAACGUGGAGACUCCGAGUUAGACGCCUUUCGGCAGUCGCUGCCCGUUUUUGAAAAGCGGGAUGAAAUAGUGAAAAUCAUAAAAGAGAACAGAGUGACUUUAAUAGUUGGAGAAACAGGAUCUGGAAAAACUACACAGAUACCCCAGUUCCUUCUCGAUGACUGCUACAAGAAUGGAAUACCCUGUCGUAUAUUCUGUACCCAGCCCAGGCGACUUGCAGCUAUUGCUGUGGCAGAAAGGGUUGCUGCAGAGCGGGGUGAGAAGAUUGGGCAGACUAUUGGUUAUCAGAUUCGACUGGAGAGCAGGGUUUCCCCGAAGACAUUGCUAACAUUUUGCACAAAUGGAGUACUUCUUCGAACACUAAUGGCAGGAGAUGGUACCUUAGCAGCUGUUACACAUGUGAUAGUAGUAAGUACUUCUGCCAGUGUGGGGAGGAAUUUGUGAUCAUAAUAUGGUUUCAGAAGCUCCAAAACAUG